AACGUCAACGAAAUGAUCUUAAGAAUACUUCUGCUCUCCCUUCUGGCCGCCGCGCAGGCGCAGUAUCAUCAGUUUGGCGAACAACUGCAGACGGCCCACGGAUCGGAGUGCGCCCUGUUGCUGGCCGGACCUGGUCGCUCCUCCGUCUACGACUACAAUGUGAAUCUAUUCCGCGGCACUCUGAACCCCUACAACAAUGGACCCGGCACUUGCAUCACCUACGAUGCCAUCAAUGCCGCCUACUUGGAUGCACGGAAGCGUAUACAUGUGGCACAACCCAAGUCGGACUGGAAGCCGGAGGAGCUGGCAACGGUGGGCGAGCUGCUGCUCGACAUUUCCAUCCAGUUGGCCCGCACCUAUGGACUGUCCUAUGAGGAGAUUGAGAAGGGUCUUCCCACGAUUGACACUUCAAAGACGAUGAUUCGGGAGGUGUGUCCGCCCUUCUUUGCGGGCGUCGAGUGCCGACCAGGAAAAUACCGGCGCUUCGAUGGGCUGUGCAACAACAUUGAGCAUCCCACAUGGGGAGCGGCGAAUGCUCCCUUCCAGCGACUGAUCGGCCCCCUCUAUGCGGAUGGUAUCAACGCCCCACGGAUAUCGGUUACCGGCCGGGAUUUGCCCUUCUCGCGUGUCGUCUCACGCACCAUGCAUCCCGACGAUGGCUAUCACGAUCACGCGGGCACUGUAAUGGUCAUCGCCUGGGGUCAGUUCAUGGAUCACGAUUUCACGCUCACAGGAACUCCGCUGGAUCCCAUCAACCGCAACGAUCCAGAGGAGUGUUGCAAGCGUCCGCUACAUCUGAAGCACCCCUACUGCAACGAGAUCCGCGUGCCAGAUGAUGACUACUUUUAUCGUCUCUUUAAUGUCAAGUGCAUCGAUUUCGUGCGCGGCUUCCCAUCGCCCCGACCCGGCUGCCGACUGGGCUCGCGCCAACAGUUCAACACUCUAACCGGCGUUAUCGAUGCCAAUACUGUGUACGGAGUGAAGGAAGCGUUUGCCCGUAAGCUUCGCACUGGCUACGGUGGAUUGAUGCGCAUGAAUCCCGUGUUCCAGGAGUACGGCCUGAAGGACCUGCUGCCCCUCAAGCUGGAUAUACCCGACGAGGGCUGCACGCGACCCAACAAGAGCAUGUACUGCUUCGAGGGCGGCGAGAUUCGAGUGAAUGAACAGCUGGUCCUGACCUGCAUGCACACGCUGAUGGCACGAGAGCACAAUCGCCUGGCCACAGGUAUGGCGCAAAUCAACAAACACUGGGACGACGAGACCCUGUUCCAGGAGGCACGACGCAUCAACAUCGCCAUUGUCCAGCACGUGACAUACAACGAGUUCCUGCCCAUUCUUUUGGGCAAGGAGGUGAUGGAGAAGUUCGGCCUGGUGCUGCAGAAAGACGGCUACUGGGAUGGCUAUGAUUCGGCAGUGAAUCCGGGCAUAAUUGAUUCCUUUGCUGGUGCCGCCUUCCGCUUCGGCCACUCCCUGCUGCCCACCGCCGUGGAACGCUGGUCGAAGGCCCACAAGUUCAUUGCCUCGAAACGCUUGUCGGACCUGAUUCGUCGCCCCUACGAUCUGUACCGGGCUGGUGUUCUCGAUGAGUACUUCAUGGGUCUGAUGAACCAAGUGGCCCAGGCCAUGGACGACUCCAUCACCCAGGAGGUGACCAACCAUCUGUUCAAGAAGGAGGGUGCCCGCUUCGGCAUGGAUCUGGUCUCGUUCAACAUGCAGCGUGGUCGAGAGUUCGGUAUUCCCGGCUACAUGGAGUUCCGCAAGUUCUGUGGUCUGCCCACCUCCAACACCUGGGAUGAGAUGUACGGCUCGAUGCCCAAUGAGACUGUUUUGCGUUACGGCAGUAUAUUCGAGCACCCGUCUGACAUUGACCUGUGGUCUGGCGGAGUUUCGGAGAAGUCGCUGCCUGGCUCUAUGCUGGGACCGACCUUUGCCUGUGUCAUUGCCACCCAGAUGAGUUACCUGCGCCGCGGCGAUCGCUUCUGGUACGAACUGCCCAACCAGCCCUCUUCCUUCACCCCCGAACAGCUGCAGGAGAUACGCAAGGCGAAGCUCUCCCGCUUGAUUUGCGAUAACACUGACUUGAUAGAUACCGUACAAAUCUAUCCCAUGGUACUGCCGGAUCACGAAAUUAACCCUCGAGUACCCUGCAAGAGCGGCAUUAUACCAUCGAUUGACCUUUCGAAAUGGGCCGACUUUGGCAAUCACGGCGUGGAUCCCUCUCUCUAUAAUUACAUUAAUGAAAUACCCGAUACGCUACUCAACUUUAGGAAGUAAAUGCCAUUUGUGUUGGUUAAGGCUUGUUUAACAAUCUGGAUUCAAUUUUUGGCCUCCAUACACUGUCCAUUCUCCUCUGCAGUUCUGUACUUCUGCAAAUCUCCUCUUUUCUACUACUGCUUAGUCUCUUUACUAGUCUGUGCUCACCAUUCGCCUCUCCAUACAGCAUUUCUAUAGCCAGUCAGUAGUUUGACACUGCCAUUUUCUUCAGUUCAGAGUUCUUUCUUUC